AUGCAGCUAUAUUGGUACGUUUUCUACAAUUUUCAGGUUAAUUCACAUGUUAAAGCAAUGUACAAAGUGUCACGCGGACUAGAUAUAUGCUGGUUACUUCUUAGACUUCUUCUUCUUUGGCUCCUCGUCGUCUUCGGCCUUUCUCUUCUUCUCUUUCUUUUCUUUCUUUUCCUUCUUCUCCUUCUUUUCCUUCUUCUCUUCCUUGUCCUUCUUUUCCUUCUUUUCUUUCUUUUCCUUCUUCUCUUCCUUCUUCUCUUCCUUCACCUCCUUCUUUUCUUCCUUGUCUUCCUUCUUCUUUGGCAACAUCACUUCUGGAGCAACCAACUUGGACUCAGGCACUGGAGGAGCAGGCUCUUCGGCGUGGUCCUUGUACUCUUGCUUCCAGGACUCAGGGGUGUUCUCGUUGGUUCUUCCGAAUCUGUCCAACUUUCCGUCAGCCUUCAUUUGCUUCUUCUUUUGUGCCACUGGACCCAAACCCCAUCUUCUAGGGUAGGUGUCUCUCUCCAUGAUGCAUCUCUUGACCUUGGCAACAACACCGUGGUCACAAGAUUGCAAGUCCACAGUGGUCAUUUGAGCAAUACCAAUGGCGAUAGCUUCACCCUUGGUGGUGAUCAAGACAACUUCGUCGUACAACUCAAUGCCGUCCUCGUAUCUCAACAAACCAGGAAUCAUCAACUUGGCACCGUAGCACACAGAGUUGACAGCGGAAUCCUUGACAACAACACGCUUGUAGCCCACAAGCAAAGUUUCCAAAGGCUGGAUGAUUUUUCUCAAGUACGACUCGUCACGGGUGUUGUCGUAGACGUACUGGGCAUCCAAGACAUCGUGCAAAGUGACCAUGUUGUCGUUUUCGCCCAUGGCACCGGAUCUGACACGACGCAACUCUUGCAUGUGUCCACCAACUCCAAGCAACAUACCCAAGUGAACACACAAGGUUCUCAUGUAUGUUCCGGCUUCACAGGAGGCCCAGAAAACACCCAAGCCUCUCUUGUUGUCGAACUCAAUCAAGUUGGAGUCGUAGAUGGUUCUAACACGCAACUGUCUCUUGACAGCAGAAAUCAAAGGUGGUCUCUGGAACAAAGCACCAGUCAAGUUCUCCAACGCACGGCCCAUUUCCUUGGCGUCUUCCAACUCCUCGUGCAAACGCACGAUACACACGUACUCUUUACCGGCGCCCUGCUGCGAUUUCACCAAGCGGGUAGCUCUGUCCACACAAACAAUCAAACAUCCAGUGACCUUAGGGUCCAAGGUACCCGAGUGACCGGUUUUUUCAACACGCAAGAUUCUCUUGAUCCAUGCAACAACCUCGUGCGAGGAUGGGUUCGAAGGCUUGUCCAAGUUGAUGACACCGGAAGAAAUGUACGACUUCAAGUCUCUUUUCAAAGGCGAGGCACCGGCGGGGAUGGGCGUGUAGUGGCCGGAACGAACCAACAAUUUAUCGUAGUUUUUCAACAAAAGCGGCCACUCCGAUGUGUCUUUGGAGGGCGCCACAGAUUCUGGCUUGAUCAUGUAUUCCGCCAUUGCUAG